CAGUGGGAUUAGUCUGUUCUUUGUCAGUUAGGUAGUGCCUAGGUGUUCCAACAUGCCGUCUCCCGAACUUGCAGAUACUUCCGUCUUGCCCGCCUGGUUCAAUACCAGUUAUAUUCAGAAUGCAUUACGAAGCUACUUAGGGGAUGACACCAUCAAAAUCCUCACCUACAAAGCUUCCCCCGCAUCAGCAAAAGGUGACAACUACGUAUGCAUCCUGUCGCGAAUCUUCGUGGAAUAUACCAGCAAAUCGCACCAGGAUACUCAGUCGGGAAAUUACAUAUUGAAAGCUACUCUGAAUGGUGAAAACAGUGAUGAAAUUAAAGCGGCCUUCGACAGCUAUGGCACCUACGAUCACGAAAUCGAAAUGUAUGAUAAAGUGUCUCCUAAGAUCCGAGAUGUGUUGAAAAAAGUUGGAUAUUUGGAGGAUUUAGUACCAAAGGCCGUGAAAGUUGAUCCUGAACAUCAAAGUAUACUUUUAGAGGAUCUCAAUGCGAUGGGUUACAAAAUGGCCAAUGUGCGCGCAGGACUAGAUGAGCCUCAUGCAAAAAUGGUUCUAAAGAAACUAGCCAAAAUGCACGCUGCUUCCGCUUUCGCGAAUUCAGAGAAACCGGGAACUUUCAAACGUUGUGAUAAAGGGAUCUUUAACAAACAUUCCAGUGCAUUCGAUAAGUUUUUCAAUUUGAAUUUGGAAGCGUGUGCACGGAUCGUAAGCAGCUGGGAAGGUUAUGAGACUUAUGGUGAAAAACUGUUCAAGUUACUUCCACAUUUUACAAAGUACGGAGUGCGAGUCAUGGAGCCAAAAGACCAUCAUUUCAACGUUCUAACCCAUGGUGACCUUUGGAGUAACAACACAAUGUUCAAAUAUAACGAGAGUAACCAAGUAGUCGACGUUAUCCUGUUUGAUCUACAAUUUUGUACCUGGACAUCUCCAACAAUCGAUCUCCAUUAUUUCUUCCACACAUCACUUACGGAUGACCUGCGUAUUAACAAUACAGAGGAAUUGGUGCACUAUUACUAUCAGAAUCUGAGGGAUACCCUCCAGGACCUCAAGUUUACUGGAAAAAUACCUACUCUUCAAGAAUUCUGGGUGGAAUAUAUUGAAACAGCUUUUUAUGCUGUUUAUUCAACGGUGAGUGCACAGCCUACAAUGAUCAACGAGGAUACAGAAGAUGCUUCCCUUAACUGUCUUUUGAAGGACGAUGAGAGAUCCAAACGACUGAGGAAUGCAAUGGUCAAUAAUGUAAGGAUUCGCAAAAAUCUAAAACACUUCCUGCCUGUGUUUGAUAGGCGUGGUUUACUAGAUAUACAGCCUUAGGUUAUUGUAAUUUGGUAAAUUUUCGAAGUGAAGUGUAUGUUUCUAUGUCUCCUUGGAUCCUCAAAGGACCCAAGUUGUGUAAAAACAAAAAAAUAUGAGUUUUAACUGUGAACAAUUAAAGUCGUAUAAGUAAUUAACCAUUAAACAGAAAAGUUUGCUAC